AUGUCGGUGGAGGCCAGCCGCCCCUCACUUGAAGACUCGCUGGACGAGUUUAUCGCUCUUUUAAAGCAAAAGACAGACGAAACUGUCACUGCAGCGAAUGCACUCCCACCAGAUAUUGCAUUCCACCGCUCCCUCGACAGAAAAUUCAGAGCCGACCUCGACAAGACGACAGAACGCGUCCUUAAGCUCACAAAUCGUCUACUAAAACUAGCAGAGACUGUCUCCAUCAAGCCUGCCAAUGCCGGUGCGCGUAAAAAGAAUACCGAGCUCGAUUCGGAUGAAGACGCGCUCGAAGACGAACACGAUGUAGUCGACAAGUUUCAUUCCGUCGUCGUAGAUACCAUGGAUCCACUCCUCGAACACGCUUUGUACAGCUUGGACGUGCAUACUGGUCGCGUCAAAGCACGAGCAGAUGUACCUGUCGUCAAAAAGGAAAAGAGUAAACCCGACACUACUCGUCUACCUGCAAAUGUCCUUCAUGCUAACAACUUGGUCAAGCCUCAAACACGAUUCAUCGAGCCGGUCAACAAUUCCAAUGACCUUGUCUGGCGGCAUACUCUACAACAAAAGUGGCACGCAGCGCAGAUUGGCAGCAGUCGACCUCCGUCUUCGGCACAUCCUUAUUUCAAGGAGAUUACUUCGCUCUCCCAUCCUCCAUCGAUGUUCCUAUCACGUCCGCCUAUUCCUCCGAAAUCUUUCGACGACACGCCAUUCACAUUCGUUGAAUCACUGAACGGUCUUCAUUCGCUCCUCGACCAACUCAAGCAGAGCGAGGAGAUCGCGAUAGACCUUGAGUAUCAUAGCUAUCGAAGUUACUACGGUUUCGUCUGCCUGAUGCAAGUUAGUAAUCGUCAGCAAGACUGGGUCGUCGAUUGCUUGGUGCCAGAGAUUCGAGCGAAUCUUGAAAUCCUCAACGAGGUGUUCACAGACCCAAACAUUGUAAAGGUGCUGCAUGGUGCAGAGUCGGACAUCGUUUGGCUACAAGAAAACUUUCACCUCUACAUCGUCAACCUAUUCGACACCUUUCAUGCAUCCCGCGCCUUGGAACUCCCUCGCCAUUCACUCGCAUUCCUCCUCUCUGCUUAUUGCGAUUUUACUGCCGACAAACGGUAUCAACUAGCCGACUGGCGGAUUCGUCCCCUUCCCGCGGAAAUGCUCCAUUACGCCCGCUCUGACACCCAUUUUCUCCUCUUCAUCUACGACCAACUUCGAGAAGCACUCCUAGAGAAAGGAAAGAAUCCUUCCACACCUCCAGCUGAGGAUGCACCGCCAUUAUCAGAUCCUCAACUUCGUUAUAUCCGGCGCGUAUUGUCCAACUCUGCUCAAACGUCGCUACGCGAAUUUGUAAGAGAACGAUACGAUGCUGUCGAGGGGACAGGUAUGCGCGGGUGGGCGGGGCUCUUGAAAAAGUGGAAUCGGCGGUCGUUACUCGUCCCUGGAGUGGAGCGCAAUAUCUUUUUGGCCGUACACGCUUGGAGAGAUAGAGUCGCUCGAGAAGAAGAUGAGAGUCCAGUGUUCGUUAUAUCCAACCAAUUGCUUCUUUCGUUGAUGGACAAGCCUGUUCCUGUGAAUCUUACUGCGCUGUUUGCGUCGUUCCCGGGUUCUGUCCCUUCUCUUAUUCGUAAGAGGGGUGCAGAGCUUCUCAAGGUUAUGCAAGACGCUGCUGUUGCUCCGAUAGACGCUGCCAAGAUGGAGCCGAUGCUCUUGGAGGAGGAUGCCAUCAUCUUUGAUGCCACGGCAAAUGCCAUUACGACGGAUCUGCCCUCACAUACUCUACUGCCCUCUCAAUCGAUCGUACCGGUUGUUGGACUCUGGGAACCGACGAAACCCCCCAUCAUUGCGAAGCGUUCGACCUUGUUUGGAGGCAAGUUGGGUGAUACGGAUUCUCAAGGAGCUGGAGCAAAGUUGGCAGUUCGGACGAGCACGCUAUUUGGAGCCAGACUGACCUCUGCUCGACUUGCAGAGUCAUCGACAGACGCAAUUCGGAAGUCCAUUCAAGAUAUUCACAACAGCAUCAUGAAUACUUCCAAAAAGGAAGUGGUCGUCCAAACUCAAUCAAUUGUCAAGCAGGCACCACAACCCAAAUCUGACCCCAACCCUCCAAGUCUGGAGGAGCAACCGCAACCCGUACCGCAACCGAUGCUGGCCGAAGUCGAGUUUAUUCCUCGCUCUCAGAGGACAAUUCGUCGACAAGACGAUGACGAUGUUGUGAUCAUUGGUCAGAGGAAGCAGAAACGGAAACGGAAUGCCGAUGAUUCACUCUCAGAUAAAGCGUCUUCGUCCAAGCGCAGCAAACUUACAACGGCUCAAGUGGAAUCCGAUCCAGGGGUGGAUUCGGAGAUUGCCGUUUUCGACUAUGGUGCCGAACCGAAUUUGUUGGACGAGGGUGCAUUGAGAAAGGAGCAAGGCAACGUGUCGUUCAAGAAGGAGCGACGAGAGGCACAGAAAAGGGACGGAGCUAAACUCGACUUCGGCGAGUUUCGACGUGCUCCCAAGAAGACGAACGAGCCGAAGAGUGGGAAUAAGUCGAUUACGUAUCGCUGA